UCUUACGCUCAUUUUCACUACACUCAUUAACUCCGCAAUGCGCGUUAUUUCUGCAUUCGCUGCCAUCUCGCUGGGCGGUGCCGCAUAUGCAGCACUGACCGGAUCGUCCCACAGCUUUGGCCAUCGACACAACCACAGACGGGACCAAACGUCGAGCGACAGAUGGACGAUGUACGAGUCACUGAUGGGAGAUGGCCUCAUCGAUUUUUUCAACUUCGACGAACAGGCCUCCGACAACCAGGGAUGCACCAACUAUGUUGAUGGGAAGAGCAGCGAGCUGGUGUACAUCCAGUCUGAUGGGAAGGUCCGGAUUGGCGCCGACCAGGCGGAGGAUGUCGCUCUGCGAAACGCCAUUCGGAUGUCGUCGAACGAGACGUUCAAUCCGUCGCAGAACUUGCUGUUCAUCGUCGACACCAGAUGCCCAUUCACCGGCAGCGGCACAUGGUCUGAAACUGGCGAGAUCGACUUGGUCGAGGGAGUGAACUCGUAUACCCAAAACACCACGUCCGUGCACAGCGACAAUGUCAACGGCGCGAACCUGAAUGUCGCCGCCUCCGAGGGCGGCACGAACUGCGAUGCGAAUGUCAACCACCAGUCCUGUGGUGUCUCGGUAAACGGCAAGACUAGCUUCGGCCAGGUGGCGAACGAUGUUAAUGGGGCUACGUGUUGGAACACCGACCACGGGCCAGUGGACGUCAACUACGGCUUGCCGACCCCGAGGUCUUGGGGCACUCCGACUUUUCAAAUUGAUUCUUCGACGUGCAAUACGUCCGAUCACUUUAAGGAUUUGAUGCUUAUCAUUAAUACCAACCUAGCCGGACUCUUGACGACAGCCAGUGGUGAAGAACAAUGUUGCCAGGAUGUCACUGGAUUCUCUGAUGCUCGAAGCUAUGUCUUGUCGCAGGGUUCGGCAUUUGGUGACUCUGCUGCUUGGGUUUCGAAUAGCAUCUACAUCUUUAUGAAAUAAUAAAUAGUUGAUGAUUCAUUCCCCUUCUCUUGUUGAGAGAAUUGAUCGUUGACAUACCUGGGAACUUGUUUCAUAUAUACUUCAUGGGACAUUGAUAGUUCACUCUCCUUGUGGCAUUGUUGAACGAUAAUACUUCAUUUCUUGAAGGUUCAUCAGAUUUAUACCACUGAAGCUGUCUAAAUGAUGUUGUAUUCCAUGAAUAUGACACAUGUCAGGUCUAUCCUUGGUGUCUUGCCCUCCUCAUUUCUGCACAGUACU